CGCCAUCUAUCGAUGAAAUCCCCAAUUUUUAAUCUAGAAAUCGUUUUAAUCGCACCUGUCUUAUUUUUACGUCAAUUUUUGAGGUUAUAUCCGUUACGAAAUCCAAUAAUUUCUCCAAUUUCUCAUAGUCACGUUUAGAAUGAAAUUCGCAGAAUUAUUUUAAAGCGUUAACAAAUUACGUGGAAAAAUGUAUGUAUUUUAAUAAAAUCGACGGGGAUUUUCAGUCUACCUCAUAACAAAAAUAUAAAUCAUUAAUAAGCAAAGGUUAACUUGUUUUCCUUGAAAUAGUUCCGUUUUUAUUAAUAUUACAUAUGGAAUCUGUUAAUUUCUUAUCUUAUCUUAAUAAAAAAGUGGUUUAAAUUUCCGCAAUUUAUUAUCGCAAUCGGAUUAACGCAAUCGUUUUAAAUAUUAUUAAUAAAAACAUAUUUUCAUUCUAAAACAGGACUUUAGAAUCAUAUUUGGUGCAAAAUCGAAUGUGUUGUGUCUAAUUUAAUAGUGAGUUAAAAAUGUGAGAAAUUUUUACGAAGAAAAGAUGUCCGGAGUUACGAAUCCCUCGUUCGAUCAAGAAAACGAUGAAAAUACACAGAAUCUUAGUGAGGAUGCGGUUUUACGAAGAAAUCAACCUAACCAAAGUUAUUUUGCGGAUGAAAGAAUUCGAAUACCUCACUCGGAAUCACAAUAUUUUAGUUUUAAAAAAUUAUGGGCUUUCACCGGACCUGGAUUUUUAAUGAGCAUCGCUUAUUUAGACCCGGGAAACAUUGAAAGUGACCUUCAAAGUGGAACGAAAGCUAAAUACAGCUUAUUAUGGAUCUUAUUAAGCGCCACCGUUUUGGGGCUGCUUAUGCAAAGAUUAGCGGCGCGUUUAGGGGUCGUUUCGGGAUUGAAUUUGGCUGAAAUGUGUCAUAGACAGUAUCGGAAGUUACCUCGAUUAUUGUUGUGGAUCAUGGUCGAGGUGGCUAUUAUUGGAUCGGAUAUGCAAGAAGUUAUAGGGACCGCUAUUGCUAUUUAUUUAUUAUCAAAUAAGGCGGUUCCGUUAUGGGUAGGAGUUUUAAUAACAAUAGCCGAUACAUUUACAUUCCUCUUCCUCGAUAAAUAUGGACUAAGGAAAUUAGAAUUAUUUUUUGGGUUAUUAAUCGGCGUUAUGGCAAUCACCUUCGGGUACGAAUACAUCAUUUCGAAACCGGACCAAUUAGAAUUAUUAGAAGGGAUGUUUUUACCAAUUUGCACUAAUUGCGAUGCUAACGCUUUAGUUCCAGCUGUUGGGAUUAUCGGUGCUGUAAUCAUGCCACACAACCUAUAUUUACACUCAGCUUUAGUGAAAUCUCGCGAAAUCGAUCGGAAAGAUCGCAACAAAGUGAAAGAAGCUAAUAUGUAUUUUUUCGUCGAAGCCUGCAUCGCUCUCUUCGUUAGUUUCGUUAUAAACGUUUUUGUCGUUGCUGUUUUCGCCCACGGAUUAUUUAAAGUUAAAAAUAAUGAAAUUAUUGAAAAAUGUAGUCAUUACCCUUCAAUAAAUGGUUCGGUUUUUCCGAAUAACGACGAUUAUGUCGACGCUGAUUUAUAUAAAGGAGGAAUAUUUCUCGGUUGUACUUUUGGGUUAGCAGCUAUGUACAUUUGGGCAGUUGGAAUUUUAGCGGCCGGGCAAAGUUCAACGAUGACCGGGACUUACGCCGGGCAAUUCGCGAUGGAAGGAUUUUUAAAUUUGCAAUGGGCGAGGUGGCGUCGCGUUUUAUUAACGCGAACCAUCGCAAUCGUUCCAACCUUUUUAUUGGCUUUUUAUACAAGAAUUGAAGAUUUGACGAACAUGAACGAUAUUUUAAAUGCUGUUAUGAGCCUCCAAUUACCGUUCGCAACGAUUCCGACGAUCGCUUUUACAAGUAAUAGUGAAAUUAUGGGGGAAUUUGUUAAUGGAUGGGUAAAUAAACUGGUGGCUACAUUAUUGAGUGUUGUUGUAAUUGGAGUGAAUACAUACACGGUGAUAAACACCGUGGGGAACUUGCCAUUAAAUUGGGCCUUGUUGGUUUUAAUAAUAUCGUUCGGAAUCCUUUAUUUGUUGUUUUGUGUUUAUUUAAUGAUUCAUAUGGCUGUUUCUAUGGGGGCUGAGCGUUUAUUGCGAUAUAAUUCCGUGAAACGAUUCGUUAUGGUGCAAGAGGAUACCCAAAGUAUUAUCUCACCACACGGAUAUUCAAACUUGGAAGAGAUCACGUAGUUAUCGAAGCACUUUUAUUAACGUAAUUUGGGUAUUUAUUUUAAUUUAUUUUGAACAAAUGCACGAAUGGAAAUUCCAACCGAUUUUACAUCAACCACGGAUUUGUACAGCAAUAAAUUUUAAGAUUAUCAAAUAUCUUUUGUGAUACCAAUUUUAAAACGAUAAUAAAGAGUUUUAGAUAAAUU